CAGGCUUAUAAAUCUCUCCUGAUAAGUUGUACGGCUGGCUGAGAGGAGUGGCAGGUGAGUUCAGUGCUGGAGCUAGCGGACACCAGUAACACAAGGCCCAACGUCCAGGAUGGCUAGAAGGAGGCGAGGCCGAGGCAACAACAGCCAGCAACAACAGACCCAGCAGAGCCGGAGAGGGGGCCCUCAAAGGACUCUGCGGGAGCCAGCCAUUUUUGCCAAGCCAUCUGGGUACGAGACAGAUAUUACUCAUGAGAAGUUGACCAUUGCUCAAGCACGGAGGGGCACACCAGCUCAUCGUCCAGCGCGAGUCUACGCCGACGGAAUCUUUGAUCUUUUCCAUUCAGGACAUGCGCGAGCUCUGAUGCAGGCCAAAAACGUGUUCCCCAACACUUACUUGAUCGUAGGAGUGUGCAGCGAUGAACUCACCCACAAGUUUAAGGGAUACACAGUCAUGACAGAGGAUGAACGCUACGAAGCCCUCCGGCACUGUCGUUACGUUGACGAGGUGGUGCGAGAUGCUCCCUGGACCCUCAGCCCAGAGUUCCUCAAGAAACACAAGAUUGACUUUGUGGCUCAUGAUGACAUCCCUUACACCUCUGCUGGAUCAGAGGACGUUUAUAAGCAUAUCAAGGAAGCAGGAAUGUUUGUGGCGACUCAGAGGACAGAGGGAAUUUCCACAUCUGAUCUGAUCACUCGUAUCGUCCGAGACUAUGACAUCUAUGUCCGUCGGAACCUACAAAGAGGCUACACAGCCCGGGAACUUAAUGUGGGGUUUAUUAAGGAGAAUAAGUACCGGCUCCAGAAUCAGGUGGACAAGAUGAAAGAGACGGUCCGUACGGUGGAAGAAAAGUCCAAACACUUUGUCAACAGGGUGGAGGAGAAGAGCCAGGACUUCAUCCAUAAGUGGGAAGAGAAGUCACGAGAAAUCAUUACCAACUUCCUGCAGCUCUUUGGUCCGGAUGGGGCUUGGGCAAGUUUUCUUUAAGAUUAAAGCACAGAACACACCAAUUUAAUAUAUUUAAGCUGAAAGACGAUUUCACUUUGAGGUUCUGAACAACACAUCCACUAGUCACGGCUGAGUUCACCCAAGGAACCAAAUCUCCCCCAGCUUACGCACUCAGAAAUCACAUUUAUGGGUUCUCUGUGUAAAUAGAUAAAUAAAUAAAGCAUAUUCAGUUUGGCAGGUGGGGGUAAAGUGAGCACGAUAACAAGACCAGCGUAAAACACUUAAGCAAAAUAUAACAAGACAACACAAAGUAAACAUGCUAUCUGUUCUUUUUCAGCAAGCACUUCAGGAAGGCAGUGGCCGUGUGCUCCAGGCCCUGUCGCCCUACUCGUCCCCCCGGGGAUCCCCCAGCAGCAGUCCCACCAGAGGACACCCACAUUCUCCCAACUCUCUCCCCUGCUCUGCUUCUCCACCUUCUUCUCCAUCCUCCCCUUCUUCUCCAUCCUCCCCAUCCUCCCCCAAAAAUAGGACACGUUCCUCUCGCAAAGGAGCCUCCACCUACAGUUAACAUGUACCCUGAGUUUCUUGUGAAGUCUCAUGUUUGGUUCCUCUUAAAGCUUAGUUUAGUCAUUUAAUGAGUACAAACAAUACCUAAAAUGACUAUUAAUUAGAAGUAACAUGUAUGAAUGUAGUUCUUUAAUUUAUUAUGGGUAUUUUAAAUAACAAAAAAGACAUAGUGUACAUAAUGUAUCUUCAUAGAAAAAGAUAAUUAAAUGUUUUGUCU